AGGAGCUGUGGUUCUAAAUUGAAAGAGCAAAGUGCAUUAGAUAAUUAAAAAAAUAAUCAAACAGUUGAAAUUACAGAACGAUGACUUUAGACGAAGUGGAAAAAUGUGCAGCUCCAGGAAGCAACGGUGGGGAUUGGAGUUCGUUGUAUUUAAUUUUAGGAGCGGUUUUGAUGCCAAUUGCGCUGCCCUUCGUCGUCUUGGAGUGCUGUUACCGUCUCAGAGUUAAAAAGUGCCGAAGUGAAUUAGCUGGAAAGGUAGUACUGAUUACGGGCGCCAGCUCCGGUUUGGGCGAAGCUUUGGCACACACUUUUUACAAAGCCGGCUGCAAAGUAAUAUUAGCUGCACGUCGUGUUGAAGAAUUGGAGCGCGUUAAGAAGGAUUUAUUAGCAUUAGAUGCGAGCUCUGUGACAUAUCCACCAGUUAUUUUGCCGUUGGACUUGGCCGAGCUAAAAGACAUACCCGACUUUGCACGUAAAGCACUUAGCGUACAUAACAAAAUUGACAUACUUAUUAAUAACGGUGGUAUUAGUGUUCGUGCAAUGGUUGGUUCUUCCGCUCUGGAUGUUGAUUUGAAAGUAAUGGUAGUUAAUUACUUUGGCUCAGUAGCGAUUACAAAAGCUAUACUACCUUCGAUGCUAAAACAAAAGAGUGGGCAUAUCUGCUUUAUAAGUUCGGUACAAGGAAAAUUUGCUCUGCCCUAUCGUUCGGCCUAUUCAGCUUCUAAACAUGCUCUACAAGCUUUUUCGGACUCGUUGAGGUCUGAGGUAGUUGAUAAGGGGGUACAGGUGACAUGCAUUAGUCCAGGAUAUAUACGAACACAAUUAUCUGUGAAUGCGCUAACAGGCAGUGGAAAAACUUAUGGAAAAAUGGAUAAAACUACUGCAUCUGGUAUGCUGCCAGAAAAGGUAGCUGAUCGUAUUUUGAAUGCUAUUGUUGGUAAGGAAAAAGAUGUAAUGAUUUCCGAUUCGCAAGCAAAAUUAGCAUAUUACGCUCGUUAUUUAUUUCCUUCGCUAUAUUUUUGGAUAAUUGGUAACCGAGCAAGGAAAUUGGAAAAGGCUGAAGCUGCAGAGCAGAAGAAAGGAAAGUGAAUUCGAACGUGAAAACAAUGCAAACCACGUUCAUGGGGAAUUUGUUUUGCAGAAUCUUACAACGUGAAGAGUUAAUAAUUUCUAUCAUCAACUUCACAAUAAAACACCGAUUUUAUUCAUUAUUUUCCUGCUCAAAAAUAACGAACAAUACCUGUUGCGUGGUAAAUGUGUAUUUCUUUGAAGCAUGGUAAUAAAUUGAAAAUAAAAGCUAUUUAAA